AUGGGGGCGUUCCGGGAAAUGAGUGAAGGGAGAGACCUCUCCCCGGCCCUCUUGCGCUGCACGGUCUCUCAGACGCAGGACUGUCCCAGCCUGGAUCUGGCUCGUGGGCAACAGAAAAUUCAGUUUCAGCAGAAAAAUGCCAAAAAGCAAGCUGGACGAAAGAAGAAACAAGGACAUGACCAAAAGGCUGUUACCAAAGCUGCUUUAAUAUACACCUGCAUUGUUUGUAGGACACAAAUGUCAGAUCCUAAGACCUUUAAGCAGCACUGUGAAAGCAAACAUCCCAAGACUCCACUUCUUCCAGAAUUGGCUGAUGUUCAAGCAUAA